AUGAGACCCACAAUUCCCCGCCUGACACCUGGGGGACAACUAUGUCCGGGCCGAGUUCAGAGCACACGCCAACGUGGAGGACCCGCUGCAGAUCGUGGGCUUCCUCACGGCAUGGCAGGACUAUCUCCAGGCCGUCGCGAAGAACACAGAAGACGACUGGCGCAAGUACAAGCUCACGUCGGACGCCCUCAGCAAGAUGAGCGACGAACAGGUGGUCCAGCUGUACGAGCUGAUGCAGGAGGCCCGCAACGUCCACGCCGAGGACGAAUAAGUUAA